AUGGUCAUCGGCAUCAUUCAGGGCAUCGAAUUCAACGCUGUUGUCACAUUCCCCACUCACAGACUCUCCAUUUCAGAGCGAUAUAGCUCCGAGCGAAACACUGGAACCUACACCAGAAAUCCGUCCUUGAUGCGUGGAAUCUGGGAGGACGUGCUCAAGGACCUUGGAACAAACUCCCUAUGGCCACAGGCGCUGGCGGACCGAAAGACUCCAACGCUGGGGAUGAUCCGCUGGGCGCUGAGCAAUGUCACAGACUUGUUCUUUCGCAGCCUGGAAACAUGCCUCAUUUGUUUGCCUGCUGAAUUCGUGGAGAAACUGCACGCGGUAGCAAUGAAGGUGCUGCUUGCUUCCCCGUCUGGACCUGGUGAGGAGAGGCUAUUUGUGUCUGACCAUGUGGGUGGCACGUUUGACAGUGUCCCAUCUUCUCCAAUAUUCAGACCGAACAGUCGCCAUUAUAACGCCUUCUCCGUUGGAGAGGUCCCACGGCAGUAUCUUCCCGCUGACCAGCCGUACAUAGAAGUGUGCCUUCUUUUUUCUUUUUCAGCAUCCUGCUCUCGGUCAAAGUCGUGCUCGGGUAACCGCUGA